GAUGCACGAGGGGUUUAGUACAACUUGAGCUAGGCGAAUCGACUGACUUUGUUCAAGCCUCGUCUUGCCCUCGGCGCUUAGACACGUACCUGCCUUCCAGUCCUCGGAGUCGGUCCUGUCCCCCCCGAUAAUCUUUCCAUCGUGCCCAAUUUAACAACGAGCCGAGGUCAACCCCACACCUCACCACAGCUUCCGCAUCAAUGUCCGAAUCGCGGCUUCCUUAAAUUCACAUCUUCCGUUGGCCACAUACAUGUGGAGACCCGUCGGGCAUGGAUCCAUUGUCGAUAGCAACAGGCGUCGUUGCCGUUGCAACCGUCGCGGCACAGGUCUGCAACAUCCUUGCCGAGAUUCGGCGUGACUGGGAUUCGCUCCCCGGUCGCAUCCACGCGCUCAAUAACGAGAUGCAAGAUUUCAACGCGGUUUUGCAUCAAAUCGCCAUCGUGGCCGAGGAAAAGAGACUUUCAGCCCAGGAUGGUCACGCCGCGCCUACGUUGCUCGCACAGCUGGCUCGGGGCAAAACGGCCUUGCUGGACCUGAAAACGAUCCUCGAGAGGCUGUUAUCGGCGGGUCUGAAGAAACGAGAAGCCAUUCCCCGAGUCAUGAUGUGGAGAACAGAACAGCGGCGGGUGUUAUCACUGCAGGAGGAAAUCAAGCAGGUCAAGUCGAGUAUGAAUAUCCUGCUGGGCGCAUCGAAUUCGCAAGAUAUGACCCAGGUUCGACUAGAACUUGAAAAGUUGAGUCUCAAGUUCUCUGACUCUACCGAGAUAAGUUGCGCAGACUUGAAGGUACCCAACAGCAAGUUCGUACAGAUGCUGCUCGAGCAGCAUCAUACAACAAUGUCAGAACUCAUGAGUCACAAGUACUCCCAAGUUGAUCAGCGCCUCGAGCGGGUCGAGGCAUUACUUCAGACCCAAGCAACGCAGAUGCACGCCGCUCAAUCCUUUCAGGCUGGACGCCUCUACAACACCUCAGCACCGCCAGCAAGACGACGUCCAGUCCGAAGAGUCAGCCCAAGCUCAGCAUCACGCAUCCAAGCCGGCUCCGACUCCAUCAGAAUGCGAUUACGACAGGCACGCACAACCUGUCAGAGCACUUGUAGGUGCUCUUGCCACUCCGUUUUGAAUAAAAAGACGCCGGCGUCCGUGGAUGGUUUGCUCGGCCAGCUUUUCGUCGGGUUCAGCGGGUGGCCGUUUUUGAGCGCCAAGUGCGACUCGGCGGCCUGCACAGGGCAGCGGACCUCGUCAGUCAGCCUCGAAUACUGGUUCCCGCUGGGCAUCUGUUGGUCCCAGAUUGUUCGAUUCAGUCUCGCGUACGAGACCAAUGUCGGUCCCUCGCUCCAGCUCAACACAUUACGGCGAGUCCCAGACUCUUCACAGUGCGUCAGCUUUGCACUCGAAGGGAAUAUCGACGGCUUGAAGAGUCUCUUCAACCGAGGUCUAGCCUCGUCUCGUGAUGUUAGCUCUACGAGGGGCUACACACUUUUGCGGUGGGCUUUGUACGGUCAACAAUAUGAGACAUGCAAAUUUCUCAUGGCUGCGGGAGCAGAUCCAACCUACAGACCGAUCGCCAAGAGCGACGAUUCCCCAAGUGAUAAAGCUGUCGAUAUAAUACUCAGGGGUCGUAUCCCAGAAGAGGUCAUCGAAAUCCUUCGACUUGUCUCUGAAGGCAGCGAUUUCAUCGAGCGGCAGAACUUUGCCCGGAUUCACAAAAUCGUUCUCGGGCUCUGCGGCGCAGAUUUAGAAGAGGAGCUCCGUUCGCAUCCCCGGAGUGUUGACUGCGCAGAUUCGACGGGACGCACGGCGCUUCAAUGGGCGGCCGCAAGAGGCGACGAGCGAGCCGUGAUAACUCUUCUCAGCUGGGGUGCCGAUCCCAACAACAUGGACGAAAAGCUCAAUACUCCCUUAACCCUAGCUGCCAACCAAAACCAAACAGCGUGUGUCCGUCUUUUGCUCGAAGCUGGGGCAUUUGCAGACCCUGAACUGCCGCCCGGCAUCAAGUUCGGAACACCACUCAACUGCGCAGCUCGCAACGCACGGGACCCCAUGCUCAUGAAAUCACUCUUGGACUUCGAUGCCAAGAUUGAGGCAAGUGGAGUGGACGGAGUCACUCCUUUGCUGCACGUUGCAAGGGGUAACAGCGCUGCACACGCGAUGCUCCUCCUUGAAUACGGCGCCAACAUCAACGCAACCUCAAAAAACGGGCAGACACCGCUUACCACAGCAAUUCAAUACAACAACCACCACGUGCUUAGGCUUCUCCUCGAACGGUGGUUCGAAUAUACCGAGUGUCCAAGACUCACGGGACCCAACCUCCUAGAGAUAAUCGCUCAGUACGCUGACGUGGAGACGAUUUUGCUUCUUACAGCCGCGGAACAUCUCCGCGUGAGCAAGGACAGCUCAUAUGUCCUGGAUCACUACAACCAAGUCCUCGAGGAACGAAUCGACUUCUCCAACAGGCUUGACGCUGCGUUUGAGGAUCUGUUAUCAGUCAUGCGGAUCGAGGCCGAGCACCAUGGGAGGAGCCACGGGAUCGAAAACCGCAUGGAGUCGGGACUUAUGAAUCCGUUAGAAAGGUAUCUCGACUGCUCAGACGAGGACACGGAUUCUAGUAGUCUGUCUUUUGAAGACGCAAAGGAAAGUUUGAGUCCUACAACGAGUGAGAGAUCGGAACCCGGGUGACAUGUUUCGACGACAAACUCUAGCUCACCUCUCAACCCCAACUUUCCUCCCCCGACGUGCCUUUCUCGGACGUGGGGGAAGGCUCUGAAGAAUGGUGAGGGCCUCCGUGGCACACGGAAACCAUUGCAGAUGAAAAAUCGCAACUUCUUUUUUUUGUGGGGGGGG